AUGGAUACUAAUUCCCAGUAUCAAAACCCUAACCCUAACCCUAACCCUAAUCAAAAUAUUACCAAUCAGCUGUUUGAUGACUCGUUACAUUUUGAAGUUUCGGAUUAUUUCGUGUUUGACAAUGGCUCUGAAGAGGAUAUUUUCGUGCCUCCGGCAGAAAACGUAGUCGAUGAAUCUUCAUAUUCAAGUCCAGUGGCUAGCAACAUGGUACAUAGAACAAACAGAAAGAAAUACAAGUCACAGAGCGAGUUUAAGUUCGUGUUUAAAACCAAAUCAACUAUCGAAAUCAUGGAUGAUGGAUUUAAAUGGAGAAAAUACGGGAAAAAGAUGCUCAAGAACAGCCCGAAUCCGAGGAACUAUUUUAAAUGCUCAAGGGAUGGAUGCAACGUGAAGAAAAGGGUCGAAAGGGAUAGAGAGGAUCCAAGAUACGUGAUAACAACCUAUGAAGGGGUGCACAACCAUGAAAGCCCCAAUUGUGUGGUCUGUUGCGAUAACCAGUUGCCUACUCAUGGAUUGAUUUUACACCAAUCGUCGUCUCUCUCUCUCUCUUCUUCCCCCAUGCUAUAA